AUGCAUCCUUGUGUUUUUAUAAUAUUCUCACUUCUCUUCCUCUGUUUUGAGACUACAACUGCCAACCAAUUGGCAGCAGUGGGAGGAGGAGAUGAUAAUGGCACUGUGAACAAGUGUUUUGAGAAGGAGAAAGAUGCUCUCCUUCAUUUCAAAUCACUCCUUCAAGACCCUUCUGAUUGCCUCUCUACGUGGACAGCUGAACAAGACAACUGCUGUGAAUGGAGUGGAGUGACCUGCAACAACCAAACAGGUGGUCAUGUCACAGAGCUUGAUCUGAUGGACUGUGGUCUUGUAGGUGAGAUUAGCCAUUCAUUGGUUAACUUAACCUACUUGAAUUAUCUUAAUCUUGACAUCAAUUCUUUUCAUGGAACCAUUCCUGCAAUCAUUGGUUCGUUGACUCAAUUAAGGUACCUUAACCUUUGCUUUAAUAAUCUUAAUGGAACCAUUCCCAGGUCCAUUGGUUCUUUGACUCAAUUAAGGCACCUUCGCCUUUCCUAUAAUUCUCUUUAUGGAACCAUUCCUCCAGAGUUUGGGAACCUCACCAACUUGCAAGUGCUUUUCCUUGGAGACGUUGGAAGGUGUAGAGUUGAGAACCUAGACUGGUUGUCUCCUCUAUCUCAUUUGGAGGUGCUUUUUAUGGAUGGGAUUUCACUAGCCAAAACAAAUCAUUGGGUAGAUGUUAUUCUGAGUCUUCGUAAACUCUUGUGGUUAAGUUUAUCGGGAUGUGAGCUGUCACAGGUCAUGUAUCCAUAUUCUUCUUCAUUUCUCAACUCUUCUUAUUCCUCAUCUAUUGAAUACCUUUCUCUUAGAAACAACAGUCUCACCUCAUCCAUGUAUCGUUGGUUGUUCCCAUUAACCAGCAAUAAGCUUUUCCAUCUUGAUCUUUCUAGCAACAUGUUAGAUGGGAUAUCCAAAUAUCUUGGUAACCUCUGUAGUUUGGAAACUUUGUUCUUCGAUAAUAACCCUGCUGUUGUCACAUUUCCUGAUUUUCUCAACAACUUGUCUGGAUGCACAUCGCUUUCAUUACAACGGUUGUAUGCUUCAGGAAGCCAAUUUACAGGGUCAUUGCCUGAUGACAUCCAAAAGUUUACAUCCCUAACAGGUCUGUCCCUCUCUGAGAAUCAGUUAAAAGGAACUAUAAGUAAGAAACUGUGGGAACUGCCCAAUCUUACAUAUCUUGAACUUUCUGAGAACUCACUCCAAGGAUUUCCUUCCUCAGAUUAUAUGUCAAACCUUCCUGAUAUAGAAUAUAUUGAUCUGAGCUCUUGCAAGCUAGGGCCUCGCUUCCCCAAAUGGAUUCAAAAAUUGAAAAAUCUUACAAUUUUUGAUAUUUCAAAUACUGGUAUUUCAGAUACCAUUCCUCUUGAGUUUUGGGACUCGUGGCCUUCCCGGUUAUCAUUCCUGAAUCUUUCUUCCAACAACAUAAGCGGGAAAGUACUAGAUCUCUCAUCAAAUUUUGACAGCAAUUCACGGAUAGAUUUAAGCUCCAACAGCUUUGAUGGUCCAAUAACUAAUGUCUCUUCCACUGUAGAAUUACUAAAUCUUUCCAGAAACAAAUUUUCUGGAGGAAUCUCCUUUUUAUGUGAGGUUGUCCAUGGCUUUUUAGUUAUUCUUGACCUCUCCCAUAACUUUCUAAGCGGACAAAUUCCAGACUGUUUGUGGCAUUUGAAAGAACUAAAAGUUCUUAAUUUAGAACACAAUAAUCUAUCUGGAAGGCUUCCUGCCUCUGUUGGAUCUAUGAUUAAACUUGAGGCAUUGGAUUUAUACAUGAAUGAUUUCUCCGAGGAAUUUCCUUUGUCUGUUAAGAAUUGCACGAGCUUAAAGUCAUUGAAUUUGGGGGCCAACAAGUUUUCUGGUAAUUUGCCUGUUUGGAUUGGGGAAAACUUAUCUGGGUUGUAUGUUCUUAUUUUAAGAUCAAACAACUUCUCUGGAAGCAUCCCUUUACAAUUAUGUCAAUUAGCAAGUCUUCAAAUUCUAGACUUGUCCGUGAACCAUUUCCAUGGAACCAUCCCCUCAUGUUUGAGUAAUCUUACGAUCAUGGUGCAACAAGGAUUCUCUCAAGCACAGAAUUUAGAUCCUAACAAUCCAUUAAUAAUAUAUUCAUAUAAUGUUGACCAUGUGAUGAUCCAGUGGCAAGGAACUGAACGUGAAUUCAUCAGAAGUAAUAUGAAGUUGUUGAGGAGCAUCGACCUGUCAAGCAACAACUUAACAGGGGAAAUCCCAUAUCAGAUCACCAAUCUUGAUCAACUGAUUGCACUGAACUUGUCAAAGAAUGCUCUUCUUGGAAAGAUUCCAUUGAACAUCAGUCAGAUGAAAAAUCUUUUAACUUUGGAUUUAUCUAGAAACAAGUUUUCAGGAGAAAUACCAUCAACCAUGUCUCAAAUGACCUUAUUGAGUUACCUAGACGUGUCAUGUAAUAACUUGUCAGGGAGAAUCCCAUCCAGCACACAACUUCAGUCCUUUGACCAUUCAAGAUACGAAGGGAACUUAGGGCUAUGCGGACUUCCCCUUACCAAAAAAUGUCCUGGAGAUGAAGAAUCGGGAAUACAACACAUCAUUGGUGAAAGUGAGGGUGAAGGUAUAGACGAACCUGAUGUAUGGUUCUAUAUUGGUGGGGCCAUUGGUUUCACUGUUGGAUUUUGGAUAGCAUGUGGUGCUUUGCUUCUCAACCGUCGUGGAAGAUACGCUUUUUUUAUGUUUCUUGAUAGCUUCGAAGAUUGGGUUUAUGUGAAGGUGGUGGUGUUCAUUGCAAAUUUGCAAAAAGACGAACAUAGAUAA